GUGACCCCGAGCGAGCAGACAAUGGGAAUGGCCGUUCAGCGCACGGCUCAUCCCCCGUCGCCGGCGCUGUUGAAACAGGUUCAGUAGAUUCGAUCCCCGCCCCAUCGUGUGGCAGUUCACCACCUCAUCGCCAAAACCUUGGGAGAGACAAGCUCGCAACUUUCCGGCGCCACAACAACCUUUAAAUCCUCAGUGGUCGGGCUAUUUUAAGACGGUUGUGUGUUUUGCACCUCCUCGUGCGGUUUGUCUACGGACCUAGCUACAUGUCAGUUUGCUGCUCACGUCCAAACGGCAGCCAUGAUUCCGCCGCUCAACGUCGCGGAAAUCGCUCGCCAGGCCGCAGCGUACGAGUACAGCCCCAGCACGAAGCUGCAAUACUGGCUGAGGACCGCUGCGUCUUUGGUGAAAGAGGCAGAUGUCUACGAGCGCGAAGGAAACGACCAGCAGGCAUACCUCCUCCUUUUCAGACAUGCACAGCUCGUCCUUGUCAAUCUUAUUAUGCACCCCCAGGCCCAGGACCCGAGUUGCCGGCGUGGCCUGGCCGAAGCGCAGCGGGAGGUGCAGAACUCGCUGAAAAGAUUGGAAGUCCUGAAGCCCCGGAUAAAUCAGCGAUACAAGCAGUAUCAAGAGGCAAGAGAUAUUGAGUUUAGGAAGACUAUAGCCGCUCAGCUGGACGACCAUGCAGACCUCCUUCGUGAUCGCGAGUCUCAUGACCCUGCGAUAGCUGGACGACCACAGCCCCUCGCUGCUGCAGAGAACAAGGACCUAGCCGUGAAACUGGCCCAAAAGGAGCUGAAACGCAGAGCAGCGGCUAAAUUGGGGCACUACCUGAGCGAGAAUCUUCACCCGCACAAGCAACGGAGACUGCUCGCGCCUGUUCAAGGUCAACCAACGCAGGAGCAUCACGGCGUGUCCGACCAGGACGAUCUUGCUAGCCGACUACAGGAAGUGCGAGCCAGAGUUGAAGGGGACCAGACUCACAGGACAAGCAUCCAGGAAUCUCAACCUGCGAGUUCUGAGGUUCAAACAAUACUACGGCGGCCUGAGCCGAACCGUUCAGCGACAGGCUACAAGUAUCCCGCUGUUCCUGCACAGAGCAUCUUCACAAUCACGGAAACAGUGCCGCCACUUCCAAGUAAAGGGCUGCUUCAGCCUCUGCCAUUGCGGCCGCCAGCAAUUCCAGCUAAAAUCCCCGAACCUCCCUCCAGACCAAUAUCCGCUACACCUCCUUCCGCCCCGCCAGUUCCUAGUAAAGUCGCGCCUAACACCACAAGUAUCACCCCUCCCGAGCCACCUCGCCAACCCGACUACAUCACCCCGUCUUCAUCCGACCUUCAACCGUCCACAUUCACCUUCAAACCAUCCUCCUACCUCGAGAAUGGCAACCCGCUCCGCACAAUCUUCAUUUCCCCUGACCUCCGCCAACGCUUCCUCGAAAUCGCCUACCCCAACACCCGUCGCAACCUUGAAACAUGCGGCAUCCUCUGCGGCUCCCUGAUCUCCAACGCCUUUUUCAUCUCCAAGCUCCUUAUCCCCGAACAAGAAUCCACACCAGACACCUGCGAAAUGGUCAACGAAGGCGCCGUCUUCGAGUACUGUGACGCCGAGGACCUCAUGGUCCUGGGCUGGAUACACACGCACCCAACGCAGACCUGUUUCAUGAGCUCGCGUGAUCUGCACACUCAGUCCGGAUACCAGGUCAUGCUCGCUGAGAGUAUCGCUAUCGUCUGUGCGCCCAGCAGGACGCCGGACUGGGGUGUGUUUAGAUUGACCGAUCCACCGGGAUUGAAGACCGUCCUGGCGUGUACGAAGCAGGGGCUCUUCCACCCACAUGAAGAGACUGAUAUCUAUACGGAUGCAUUGAGGCCGGGACAUGUGUUUGAGGCAAAGGGUUUGGAGUUCGAGACAGUGGAUUUGAGGAAUAAAAGGUGA